AUGUCGCCAGAUUAUUGCAAGAGGGAGAGCAACGCGGGUUUUCUGGAAUGUUAUUGUAUGCACUGGCGUUGGGAUAAAUGUCCAAGUGCCCAAGCCAGUGCUGACACUAGACACUAUCACAAACCAACAGUUGUACUCGACGCAGUUGCCUCCUAUGACUUGUGGAUUUGGUAUGCUUUCUUUGGCAUGCCUGGCGCUCUAAAUGAUAUUAUUGUUCUUGACAGGUCGCCUUUAUUUGCUGAAUUGACUAGAGGACGUGUCCUUGCUGCCAACUACACCAUUAAUAAUCACGCAUACACCAUGGGGUAUUAUCUUGCUGAUGAUAUCUAUCUUCGUUGGGCAACGAUUGUGAAAACAAUAUCUCAACCUCAAGAUGCAAAGAGACAACUAUUUGCGAGGAUGCAGGAGGCAUGUCGGAAAGAUGUCGAAAGGGCAUUUGGAGUGCUCCAAGCACGAUUUAAUAUUGUCAGCGUGCCAGCUAGAGGUUGGAGUGAUGAGGAUCUGUACUAUAUCAUGAAGACGUGCAUUAUUUUGCACAACGUGAUCAUUGAAGACGAGCGUGAUAUUCCAGAAAAUGAACGCAGUGCAGCACAACUUGAGACUGAUACCAGUAAUUUGGGCUGUCAAGUGUCACGCGAUCCGAAUGAGGAGUAUGCUCAAUUUAUGUUGAAUCGGCAAAGGAUUAUAUCUAUUGAAGCCCAUAAUGUAAUUCGUAAUGAUCUAAUUGAACACUUGUGGUCCCGAGCUGGAGAGUUAGAUUAA